UUGGUUGCUGUCUUCUAUUCUUAUUUGUCGAGUCUUGCUUGGUUAACCUGAACUACUCAAGAAGGUCAUUGCUCUUUAGACUGUAGAACUUAUCUACCGCUGAAGAUACGUAUAGCAUUGCUCUGGUUUGUCAGUCACACAAGCCAAUUGGCGGUUAGUUGAUGGCUCCAAAUGGCCUCACUGACAACACUGCGUUUAAAAAAACCCGAAGUGGGGACAAGAACCGUUGACAACGGUACCACUACAACUAAAGUAAAGUAGAAUUAGGAAUAUUUGACGUCACAAAAAAAAGGUGUUGAACUUUUCCUAGAAACAUUUUUUUUACUUUCACCACGUUAACGUCAUAAAUAUUUAGUAACGAGAUAACGAAAUUAAUUUUCAGUAUCUUAAUUAGCGAUGCAGAGCGAAAGUAAUUAUAUAAUUACACUUUUACUUAAGAAAAAUUUUCGUUGUUAUUUUCGAUGAUCACGAAGAAAGUUUUUAAUCACAUCAACCGUGUGUGUAUUGGAUAAAACAAAAACACUAAUACGUAAACAAUGAUAUGAAGACAAGAACCACUGUCAAUACUAAUAGUUUCAAUAGAAAGUGACGUGUUCUUUGAUAAAUAUAUCUUUCGUCUUGCCGAUUUUGUUUUACUUUCGACUUAGACUCGAUAAACAUAUAGAUCUAACUGCAAAGAGAUAAAAAGGAAAUGUUUGUACUCUAAGAUGUUGUGAAAGUUUUAAAGAAUACCAUGCUGUUGCAAACCAAACAUUAAGAAGUAAGAUUAACGUAAUCAUUCAUGAUAAACUAACUGUUUCAUCCACCUGUACUAAAAACUAACUAUUUACAAAUAUAUCGUUUAAUUAAAGCUAGAGAGCUAAUCAAUAUGAGCUCGGCAACUGCUUGCAAUACCACGCAUGGUGGAACAGCUUUAACCGUUUUUUCAACCUCCGUAUCCGCAGUUCUUUUUGUUCCCACAGCAAUACUUAAUGCACUUCUUUUGUUAGUGUUUAUUCGAAACAAGAAACUUUUGCACAAAUCCAUUUUCUACAAGAUGCUAUUUAACAUUGCAGUAGCAGAUUUUUUAACAGCCAUCCUUACUGAAGCAGUUUCUGUGUCAUUCCUUACGAAAGAAAGUUUGGGAAAGCAUAUAUCAAAAGAAGAGACUGCACUUUUACAUUACACUUUGUUUUCUAUAAACGGAGUUUCCAUUUUAACAAUGUCUCUGUUGUGUAUCGAUCGAAUUGUUGCAUUGCUGAAACCACUGAAGUACAGAAAUGGAUUAAAGAAUUGGAAAUGCUAUCUGAUAAUAUCUUCAACAUGGAUUUUUGGAAAUUUACUGGUGAUACCAUAUUUCAAAAUAGGAUAUAUCAAAUAUUUGGCAGUAUUUUCCUAUUUCACGGUGGUUGUUACAGCUUUGAGUUUAAUACUUGCAGCUAUAGUGUACAGAAUAUAUUUUGUUCCAUCCAACGCAUCUGCUCGUACAGCUUCCAAAGUAAAGAGAGACUUGCAUCAAUAUGAAAAUGUAGAUGGGAAAGAUAGCGGCGGGAACUUGACCGUACAAGUGAAUGAAUCAGAAAGUAAAGCAAUUAAAAGCAACAGCAUGCAGGAAAGAUCAAAGAUUCUUGAUGACCACAAAAAUGUCGAGCAUACAAAUAAGAAAAUGUCGUCACCGGAACGUCGAGUAAACAAAUCAUUCAUUACGUUAUUGGUUGUGUUUUUAGUGACGUAUUUACCAUCUGUUAUCAUGACAACAUAUAUGAAUUUAUGUCAGAAUUGUAACUGCAUGUUUAUUCAUGCGUUACGAGAUUUGACAUUCCUGUCAAUACUAUCAAGCGCCUUAUGGAGACCACUGAAUUUUGUCUUACGUUUAAAGAUAAUACGAAGAGAAAUGAAGAAAUUACUUGGCUGUAAAAAUGUAUCUGUUUUGCGCGAUGAAAAAAAAUUGAAUAGUUCUCCUGAGUCUUCAAGAAUAUAGAGUGUGUGACCACAAAUACGUUCAAUAGAAGUGGCUUCAGAAAUAAGCGCCUUUAAUGGUUGAGUGAAAUUGCAUUUGUUGUGUUUAUGAAUAGUAAGGGAAAAAAAUGGUGAAUUUGACUAUAAUCCGCCAAUUGUUUUACCUUUAAAAACAACGAGAACUGAAAAAAGCGAUGCGGCAUGCUUGUCUGUGAUUGGUUUAAAUUGAGCUAGAUAAGAAUUAAAAGACAAAACUUAAAUUUAUAUUGCCUUGUAGUUGGUGGAUUUGAAGAAUUGUUACACAGAUAGCAAAAUGAAAAGAAAACAUUACAGUGUUUUUAGACGCAAUGUUUCGGUGUAGCUAACCAUAACCUACAUUGGCACAGGAUGUUGUUCACCUUUCUGGGAACUUUCUGCAAAUAAUUUCCGAUUAAAGAAACAAAAAAGAUAAGAUAAGUUAUUGUGAAACUGCUUUUAAUAUAACAACAUCAGAAUGACGACUUUCUAAAAUUAGUGUCGUUUAAUAACUUUAUUGUUUGUGUGAAAAGAAAUAUUAUUUUAUUGUUGUAGCUACGUCAUCACAUGUUUGAGAUUUUAAUAAAUUUAAUAUCAAACAAGAAGCCCUGGGGGCUCUAAGAAUUUCCGCUCGCUACCAAAAUAUUUGAUGACAACCUGCUAAUUCGUUGUGUUAUCGUGCCAGACAUUCGAAGAGGUUUGGUGCAUGAAGCUCUGAAGAUAAAGCACACAUGUGACAUUAUAUCUUACAACAAACGCAAACAAAACGAAACGUGUCAUAAUAAACUCACAUUUUAAAAGAAAUUGCUAACAAAAUUACAGCCUAUCAUUCAUAGUUGAAAGUCUUGCGCUUGAAACGUUUAUGGUCUUAAACAGCAUUUAGUUGACAAAAAAUCAAAAUUUUGAUGUGACCAUCAUUUUCAGCAUACUUUUUUUAUUAACUGUGCCAAAUUUUGUUUAAAAUAAAGUAGUUAUAAUUUUUGGACCAAUUUUGGCCUAAAAUGACAUUUAGGUGACAAAAAUCAAAAUUAUUAUGUCACCAUUAUGUUUAGCACACUUUUUUUGUUAACUGUGCCAAAUUUUGUCGAAAACAAAUACCAAUUUUGGCCUGAAACGUCAUUUAGAUGACUUCCCAGUAGUUAGGGAGCUUGGGUAAGAAGUUUGAAUCUGUGACGGAGGAACGUGAAAUCCCAGGGUCGAUUUUUUCUCAAAAAAUGCUCCGAAAGAAAAAAACGACGGUUUUAAAGAAUUUCCUACGCCUGCGGGCGCGGAAAUUCAAUUACAACAGCAAUAAUGUUGACUCUACGACAUGACAAUUACAACGUAGGACAAAAAAAUCAUAAUUCACGUCAAACUAAAUUAACGUAAGGGUAACUGGGUAUAUUUUUUUACACGCUACCAUAUUGAUACGCAUUAUCACACACGAUAUCGCACAUUCUACUACACACGUUUUCGUGAACUGUGGCCUUAAUUGUGCAACACCUUAUCUUCUACUUUGGGAUAAAUAUAUUUUUGACGGGAACUUGUUCCACUUACAAGGGCUUCUUAAUAAAACACGAAAACUGUUAGUUUGACUUUAAGAAUUGUCUUGUACAAGUUUCAUUAA